AUGCCGUCCUUUCGAUCCAAGCUGGACAAGAAUGUCGUCUACUUCCGCUUUGCGCAUGAAGGCCAAGCUCUGGAAAAGGUGGAGUUCUAUGGCAAGGAGAUCGCGGUGGGGGAUCUGCGGCACACCAUUGCCGAGAUGAAGAAGCUCCCGAAGGUGGAUUUGCAGAUCAUGAACGAAACCACGGGCGAAGUCUAUGCAAGAGAUGGGCACUUGCUGCACCGCAACGUCAUCGUCACGGUGAGGCGCACGCCCGUCCAGACGCAGAAGCGCGCGCAGGUGCUGAACUUGGAAGGCGCCGACAUCUUCGCGCCCGUGAAGAAGGCCAAGAAGGCGGCCAAAGUCGUGGAGCCAGAGGUCCCGGAGCAGAAGGCGCCGUGCCCGCCGGAGUACCUGUGUCCUGUGUGCAGGGGCCUCUUCGAGGAUCCUGCAAUCGCACGGUGCUGCGGGCGCUCCGCAUGCGCAGUGUGCUUCAAGGAGCAUUCGUCCGGAUUCUGCCCGCUUUGCUCCAGGGAAGAGGAGCAGAAGCCUUUGCCCAACCCUCGGCUGGCGGAGAUCAUCGGGUCCUUGAACUUGGACUACUUCGAGCUGCCGAGCGUCACGGUUGCAAGACAAGCUGCUGCAAGAGGCGCUGACCUUUCUGCAAAGAAAGCGGCUGCCAAGGCCCCGGUGGCUGCGGCAACCCCCUCUCCGCCACAGGCGCAGGCCGUGCCCGUGGCAUCCGUUCCGAUGUCACAGGCGGGGGAGUCGCCUUUGUGCCUGGUAGAAUCCGAAUCGACGAAGGUAGGAAAUUCCUUCCACGUCAAGCCGGGAUUUAUGAACCUGCAGGAGGGUGACGGCAGCGAGAUUGAGGUCGAGGCUGAGGAAGAGCAGUCUGGCAGCCGGAAGCGCUCGUCAAGCUUCUGGCUGGACCCCAGGCCCAUUUCUUCCCUGGCUUCGGCCGGCGGGUUGCAAACCCGCGCUCAUGUGGAUGGAAAGCAGGAAAGCUCUGCUGCGAAGGAAAUGGCGCCCGGCUUUGGCGAUGACAAGCCCAAGAAGCCGGGCGCGCCCUGGUCAGGAUCCGGGUCUACAGGCAGCACGUCGGCUGCGACCCCCUCUGAGAGCCAAGGCCUUUCAGAUCUAAGCGAUUCUGAUGACGACAGGAGCGUAGCAAGUGACGACACAGACGACGAGUCGCGACCCUUGGUUCCGACUCCGAGUCACGACCAUCGCCCGCCAGUAGUGGACAGCUACGACGUGGUCGAGGCUGUGAAGCACUUUGCAUCGCAGCGCGGAGCCGAUCCGAAGCAGCAGAAGAGAGAGGAUUUGCUGGCAGCAAUCAAGAUGAAGGAUGCACAGAUCAAGCAGCUUCGAACUUCUUCGAAGAAAGCACAUGUUAAGUUGGAACUUCGCAGCCAUUAUGCAAAAGUUCUUGAAGAGAUCGAGACAGAGGUAUCGUUGCUCGAGAAGGACCUGGCCGCGCUCUAG